GCAAAUUUUGGUUGGGUUAGUUGGCAGCGAUGGCCAGGAGAAGAAUAAUUAUAAUCGACGGACUUGGGUUUCAAAGACAGUGAGAGCGCGAUCGGAAAUUGAUUAAAAAUGGCGAGAAGAAAUGGAGAAAGGAGAGAGGAGAAUGUGGCUGAGGCAGUGGCAGUGGCAAUAGACAAGGACAAGGGAAGCCAAUACGCUUUGAAAUGGGCUGUUGAUCAUCUUAUGUCCAGGGGUCAAUCCAUCGCUCUUGUCCAUGUUAAAACUAAGCCUUCUUCCAUCCCUACCCCAAAUGGGAACCACGUCAAUAUUUCUGAUGUCAACGACGAUGUUGCAAAAGCAUAUAAACAACAACUCGACAACCAAGCCAAGGAGGUGUUUCUACCUUUCCGUUGCUUCUGCUCGCGGAAGGACAUCAAAUGUAAUGAAAUCAUACUGGAGGAUACCGACAUCACUAAGGCCUUAAUUGAUUAUGUCUCAUCCUCUUCAAUCGAGACUUUAGUGCUUGGUGCACCAUCAAAAAGCGGCUUUGUCAGGAGAUUCAGGACCCCGGAGGUUACAACUAAUGUCUCAAAAGGGGCUCCCGAUUACUGCACAGUAUAUGUGAUUGGCAAAGGGAAGAUCUCAUCAGUGCGAUCUGCUUCUGCUCCCCCUCCACCAAGACUUCACCCGCGUGCUCAGCCGCAGCCCCUACCCAGUAACAUUCCUGAACUAACAGAACCCCCUUACUCUCCCACGCUUAACCCCAGAUAUAGAGCUGUACCUGAUAGGCCCCAAUAUCCACCACGCAACCUAAAUGAAGAUGUGGAAAUCAAGUCACCAUUCACAAGAGGACGAAACCCUAUCAAAUAUGAGCCCUCAAUUCCAGAAUCUGACAUAUCAUAUGUAAGCAGUGGAAGGCCAAGUACCGAUCGCAUGUUCCCUUCCCUGUAUGACAAUAUGGACUUUGGAACUCCACGGCUUUCAAUCAGCUCAGAUUAUGACGAUAUAAGCUUUGGGUCAUCAUACUCAGGAAACAGGUCCAUGGAAUUCAAUUCACAGUUCGAAUGUUCAUCAAGCUCGGUGGAAAGUGGUAGGACAUCAUGGUCAUCUCAGAAUAUGAUACAAGGUAGAGAAUCGUACUUAACUGUUCAGAUGCUACAGGACGAAGUGGAAGCUGAGAUGAGAAGACUCAAACAGGAGCUCAAGCAGACAAUGGAGAUGUACAGUGCCGCCUGCAAGGAAGCACUCUCGGCAAAGCAUAGGGCAAAAGAACUUCAUAGCUGGAAAUUGCAAGAAGAACAAAAAAUAGAAGAGGCACGGCUAGCUGAGGAAGCUGCACUGUCACUUGCAGAGAAGGAGAAGGUAAAGUGUAAGGCUGCCAUUGAGGCGGCCCAAGCAGCUCAACGGAUUGCUGAACUAGAAGCACAAAAGAGAAUGAACGUAGAAAUGAAAGCCAGCAAAGAUGCUGAUGAGAGGAAAAUGGCAAUAAAUAGUUUGGGACAUGGUCUCAGGUACAGGAAAUAUACGAUUGAAGAGAUUGAAACAGCAACAGAGCUUUUCUCGCCAUCUCGCAAAAUAGGAGAAGGAGGUUAUGGGCCAGUAUACCAGUGCAAACUGGACCACACACCUGUCGCAAUAAAAGUUCUUCGUCCAGACGCAGCCCAAGGACAAUCACAGUUCCAGCAAGAGGUUGAAGUGUUAAGCUGCAUACGACAUCCAAAUAUGGUUCUUCUCCUCGGAGCCUGCCCAGAGUAUGGCUGCCUAGUCUAUGAAUACAUGGCUAACGGAAGCUUAGAAGAUCGCCUCUUUAGGCGCAAUAACACUCCGGUACUUCCAUGGCAAGUAAGAUUUCGAAUUGCUGCAGAGAUUGCGACAGGUCUUCUUUUCCUGCACCAAACCAAACCAGAGCCACUUGUGCACCGUGAUCUGAAACCUGCCAAUAUUUUGCUAGAUCGCAACUAUGUCAGCAAGAUUAGCGACGUUGGCUUGGCUAGGCUUGUUCCUCCAUCAGUUGCCAACUCUGUAACUCAGUAUCGUAUGACAUCAACAGCUGGAACAUUCUGCUACAUAGAUCCAGAAUAUCAGCAAACUGGAAUGCUAGGGAUAAAAUCUGAUAUCUACUCACUUGGGAUCUUGCUUCUACAAACAAUAACUGCUAAGCCACCAAUGGGUUUGGCUCAUCACGUUGAGAAUGCUAUCGAGAAGGGAACUUUUGCUGAGAUACUAGACCCAGCUGUGCUUGACUGGCCAAUGGAAGAGGCCUUGAUCCUUGCCAAGUUAGCCCUUAAGUGUUCAGAGCUGAGACGAAAAGACAGACCAGAUCUGGGACAAGUUGUGUUGCCUGAGCUUAAUAAAUUGAGAACCCUCGCUGAAGAAAACACGUCUUUUAUAACGCUUGGUGGCAGUGCAGGGCCCUCACCAAAUCACAGCCAAGUUUCCGCCUCCUCAAUGCAGGAUUUUACUAGUGAACCUCAGUUCCUGCAUUGUGGAUAUGAUAGCUCAAGGAGCCGCUCAAAGACACCAUCUUUAAUUGGGGGAAGAAAGUGAGUACAAGAACUUUUCUUUU